CUGUAUAAAAAGCUCUGCACGAGAGCUUCUCCAUGUAUACAUUGUUAUUAACUACCGGGUAAUACACAAAAUGGGACGAAAAGGGAAUAGAUGCUUUAAAAAAAACAAAUCCAAUAUCAAAAGUAUUGAAAAUUUAAAAACAAACUUACAUAAUACUAAAAUCGAAAAAUUGUUACAAAUUUGUAGCGAGCCAAUUUCAGAUCUUCAUCUAUGGGAUAAUUACAUAGAUAUCAUGGAAAUUUUAGAUCAAAUAAAUUCGCUUGAGAACAUAAACUCUGAUGUAGCAGAAAGAGAUGAAUACAUUGAAGAAUUCAUUAACUGGAUGAAAAAAAAUGGUGCUAAAAUUGAUGGAGUACGAAUAGAUUAUUUUCCUUCUUAUGAACUUGGCUUACGAGCUAAUAUCGAUCUCAAUGAAGGUGAAGUUAUUUUAGAAAUACCAAGAGCGUUAAUUUUCAAUGUCUAUUCAGCAGCUUCAGAAUUAAACAAUUUAAAGUCAGAUACCAUACUGCAGAAUAUGCCUCAAAUAGCAUUAGCUAUUGCAUUGUUGAUAGAAAAAAGAAAAGAUUUCUCGAUAUGGAAAUCAUAUUUGAACAUAUUGCCAAGAAAAUAUAACACAAUACUUUAUAUGAAUAAAGAGGAGAUGUUCUUAUUAAAAGGAAGCCCAAGUUUUGAAAAAUCGUUGAAACAUUGCAGAAGUAUAGUUCGACAGUACGCGUAUUUUUAUAGACUUUUUCAGAAUGAUAACGGUCUAGUCGGAAGUCUAUUGAAGAACUAUUUCACUUAUGAACAAUAUCGAUGGGCAGUAUCUACUGUCAUGACUAGACAGAAUUUAAUCCCUGAUAAAAAUGGCUCGGAAAUGGUCUAUAGUCUAAUACCUAUGUGGGACAUGUGCAAUCAUCAAGAAGGACGAAUUACAACUGAUUUUGAUUUAGAAUCUAAUCAUUGUAAAUGUUAUGCAAUGAAAAAAUUUAGAAAAGAUGAUCAGAUCUUCAUUUACUAUGGAUCGCGGAGUAAUUUAGAAUUCUUUUUAUAUUCAGGAUUUAUUUAUUUCGAAAACAAAAACGACAAUUUUCCAAUUAGACUGGGACUAAGUAAAUCGGAUGCAUUAUAUACAAAAAAAGCUACUCUCUUAUCUAAAAUGGGAAUACCAGUGAAUGGCGAAUAUAUUUUACAUCCGGGUUCGAAUCCAUUAUCUGACUUAUUAAUAAAAUAUCUAAAAAUUUUUUGCAUGGAUCAGAAUGAGAUUGACCAUUACCUCAGUGAUGAAUCAUUAUCUGGUUUAACAGAUAUUGAAUUUAUUUCUGAGAAAAAAAUCGACAAAAGAAUACUUGACUUUUUAAUCACUAGGUUAAAACUACUAGCAAUGAAAUAUGUAAUAAAAACGGAAAAUACUCAAAAAAUAGAAGCAGAUACGCGACCUUGUAAGACAGUUGCUGUGCAACUAAGAAUGUCAGAGGAAAAAAUUAUACAGAGAUUAAUUUUAGACUUACAAAACUUAAAUGAUGCAUCGAUUUAUCAUUAAACAAUAAACAACUUAAUCUAUCCCGAAGUCAUCAAUUGCAAUAAAUAGUUGUAUACUAAUUAAAGUCAGUAACAGAAAAAUUAAAUCGCUCUUCUAAAAGUUUUUGUAUCUUUGUUCAUUAAAAUUUGAAAAAUGGCUAAAUUACUAUAUUAUCUCUAAAUUUUGUUGAAAAUUAGAAAUAUAUAAAUUUUUAUAACAAGUAACUCCAAAUAAAACACUAUAUAUGUAACUAUAUAUGUGACGGUCCGCUCUAAUCUGUUCUUUUUUUGUUUUCUCACUGCGUGACGGUGACCCGCCAUAUGCCCGACAAUGAGAAAAAGUGAUAUUAAAGCUAAAGUACUAUCUGAAACAUACGUUUAGAUGUGUUAAGUCACUUAAUCAAAGUCAUUACCAUAUAAGGAGCAUGACGUUACAUCUAUGGAAAAUCUAUUUUUUUCUGUGUAAAAUUUGUAACUUCAAAGUUUUUUAAUGAAUAAAAGA